CUCGAGAGCAUGACGGAGGAGCAGCGGCAUCUGGCGCAGCAGAAGCUGCGCAAGCGUGUCGGUGAGUCUGCUCGGGCCCAUGCGUGAUGGUCUGCCUCGGCUUUUGUAGCUUGCAGUGGGCGUGGAGGAGUCCUUGUCUCCAUUGAGCUGCAGGCGUGCAGCUUGCCUCGCGGACAGCUGCGUCCAGUCUGGCGCUGUGACCGGCGCUCAGACUGUGCGCAGCCGCACAGGCCAAGCAGUGACGCGAUGGAGGCCCUGUCCGCUCCAACCGCGAGAUGAGUUGUCUGAACGCCUUGCCUCCUCUUUAGUGGCCGAUCUUGCAUCUAUGGGCUCGACGCAAACGCGCGAUUCGGCCUGGCGACCGCACCAAGCAAGGCUCUCGCCCGUCGCGGCAAAAGAUCUGACCGUGUCACAUCUCCUCGCCGCGACGGCUCACGUCGGCCACAACGUCUCUUCGCUCUCUCGCGCAGCCACGCAGCUGGUGUACGGCGUGCGACACGGCGUGGCGUACAUCGACCUGGAGCGCGUCACGCUGCCGGCGCUGCGACGUGCAGCCAGCGUCGUGCGCGAAGUCGUCCGGCGCGACGGCGUCGUGCUGAUCUGUGGCACUGCGCCGGGCACGCAGGCUGCCGUGCUGGCUGCUGUGCGCCGGCUGGGCCCGAACGGCUUCCACGUCACAAAGGAGCGCUGGCUCCCGGGCGUGCUGAGCAACGCACCCAAGCUGCUUGCGCGUGCCACGCUGAGCGGCAUGGAGACGUACACGGCCCAGAUGCGCCAGCGGCGUGGCCGGCCGAGCGACGACGGCCCUCGCGGCCGCGCUCCGCCGCCGGACCCGGACAUGGCGCAGAUCGCGACGCAGGAGCUGCAGCCCGACGUGCUCAUCGUGCUGAACCCCAAGGCCAACAUGCACGCCAUCCGCGAGGCGACGGCGCGCGGCAUCAUCACGAUUGCCGUGACGGACACGGACGUGGACCCGCGCAUCGCCACGUACCCGAUUCCGGCCAACGACGAGAGCGUGCGCACGGCUGAGCUCAUCGUCGGCGUGCUCAGCAAGGCUGGGCAGGACGGCGCAAAGGAUCGUGUGCUCGUGCUUGAGCAGGAGGCCAAGCAGAAGCCAAAGGAGGUGCGGCGGCGGAUCCGGCCCGAGCAGUAGAGCAACACGUGCAUUGUGCGGACAGUGACGAGUGAUGAUAAUACAUACAUGACGAGCAGCAGG